UCCAGGACCGAAUGACUGCAGCAAUUCUCAUCCAGUGAGGCCAGGAGUAGUCUGAUAUCCUACAAUAUACGGAGCUCACAGACCAAAUUGAUUCGUGAUCGCUAUCUGCGUGAUGAAAACCCGACGCUUCUAGCCCAACAAAUGGUCAUGUAAUCAGAAUCGCUUGGAAUGAGACCUGCCUGGAGUGGCGAAAGCAGUGCAUGCUUUGCAUUGAGGCAAAAUGAGUAACCUUGACAUCACGAAAUAUGAUUACAUGGCUUCGAGUUUCGCAACCACUAUAAGAAUGAGGCCCAGCAGUAUGGUGUGUGGUACGAUGCAUCUGUCAGUUUCUGGCUCAUAAGAUUUAAUACCCAGAAUGGCGGAUGCACCACCAUUGACCGAAGCCUUCUACCGAGAGUGGUUCGCGAAACAAACUGUGCUCCUGACUGGAGCAACGGGCGGUCUAGGCGGGUGCCUUCUAUUCAAACUAAUUCAUCAGGUACCUGUCAAGAAAGUCUUUCUCCUCCAUCGAAGCUCCGAGAAAGACACUAUCGCAAAGCUAGGCAAGAACAUGCCCGGAUGUAUCGAUGAAGCCAUGCGCACAGAUCAACUGGAAUUUAUCAAGGGGGACAUCACCGCCGCGAACUUAGACCUGGAUGUGAGGCAACUAUUUGUACUUCAAAAGACGACGACCGUUAUACUCAACGCAGCGGCCAAUACUUCAUUUAUUGCAGAUGCCCACGAGUCUUGCAAGAACAAUUGUCUUCCAGCACUAGGUUUGGCUCAGCUUGCAUUAAGCUUCCCACAGCUCGCCACAUUUGUGCAAGUGUCCAGUGCAUACGCCAACAGCUUUCUGCCCGAUGGAGAGAUCACGGAAAUCCUUCAGCCGUUUGGUGAAGACGACAUCGACUGCGAGAGAGAGCUGGACGAAAUCCACUUGAGGAGAGGAAACACUAGCUGGACGAAGCAAUGGGCCUGGCCUUAUGCACAAGCCAAAUACCUCAUGGAACGACUUUUAGUCCAGAGGUACGGAUCUCGGCUUCCCCUCCUCAUCCUACGCCCCUCCGCCAUCGGGCCAGCUCUUCAAGAUCCAUAUCCUCUCUUUGGUCCCGCGGGCUCUAACCCUGUUGAGACCGCCCUCGGGUCUUAUCUGGUCACUGGAGGCGGGAGUCGGGUCUGGAGAGCCGCGAGCGGCUCGACCAGCGGCAGCUACAUAUUGGACGGGAUUCCCGUAGAUUUUGUGUCAAAUGUCUGCCUGCUUCAUGUGGCGCAAGGGUCACAGGGGAUUGUCCACGCUGCUGCUCAGCUAUACGUGGUCUUCACCAUGGAUGAGCUGAUCGCCCUCGCCUCGCCUUACAUUCCGUCAGACCUUGCGAUGCCGGCGCCGUGCUUCAAAUGGGACGUGAAUGGGAGCAUGGAGCCGUGCCCUGUGGCGACCACGUUCGGUUUCCAAGGCCAUAACUGGAUUUUCGACUGCAGGCGAUCAAAAUCCUUGAGGGCUGUCGGUGGCCCACUGAGUUUGAGCCUUGACGGACAUGAUGCGAAGGCUUAUAUAAAGAGGCGGAUUGAGAAGAUCAUUCCGAGCACUCGCGCAACGAAGAAGAGGGUUGCAGCUAGGCGAAGAGGUAUGUCAAAGCUAUGACGGAGCCGGUUGAUAACGCCCUAUGGAGUAAGUUCUUUGAAGCUUAGUAGCGUGACGAACUUUUGUAGACAAAUUC